AUGAUGGAGUAUUGGUUCGUCAGACAUGGUGAGACUAAAGGAAAUAUUGAUAAAAUUGUAUAAGGCUGGUAACCAGGAGAACUUUCACAGCUUGGUAAAGACUAAGCUAAGAUUUACGUCAGCGAUCUUAAGAGAACUGUUGACACGGCUAUCUUGAUUUAAGAAGGAUUAUUACAAGAUAAAGUACCACCAUUGCAAUUGGAAAUGAGAUUAAGAGAAAAAUCUGCAGGUAUUUAUGAGGGACAACCUCUCGGUUCAACUUCGAGUGCUGCUAAGGAACUUGGAUUAGAUCCAAGGAAGUACAAACCAGAGGGUGGUGAGAGCUGGCUAGAUUUGAACCAAAGAAUACAUUCAUUUUUAAAUGAAACAUUGAAAAUUCAUCUCAAUUCAAAACAAGAAACCUAAGUUUAAGAGGAAUAGAAGGACUAUGAAUAAUAGCAGUAAUUGCCUUAGUCAGAAGAAUAGCCUAUGCAAAAAAUACUAUGUGUUACUCAUGGCGGGUUUAUCACUGAACUUUUAAACGUCCUUUAGGAAUUUUAGGGCAAGGAGCCUAUUCACAAGGAUAAAGUUAGAAACUGUUCUAUCUACGUCUUUAGAGCCCAUAAAAUUGACGAUGGCUCAGUGCAUUUCGAGUCUGUCAUUGAAAACGAUACCUCUCAUUUGUAAUGA